UACUCGUUCAUUCAGUAAAAGUGUAUGAGUCAAAUAACGUUUAUCAUUCGCUAUUUGGAGAUAAGAAGUGAAGCCCCAUAAUUAUGGCCUUUGUAAUUGUUAUUUGAUUUUGUUGUGUUGCCUUUUUUUGCUUUGUAAAUGGUUAUUGGUUAAAUAGGCAACAAAAAAAAACUGACUACGAUACGUUGAGUAAAGUCAUUAAUAGUGUUUGCGCUCUUUCUCACACUCAAUUCAUCCACAUUUUAGAAAUACGAUCAACGAUUCUGAUUUCAUCACCAAUAAUCGCUAGUUAGAUACAAUCAUAUACGUGCGUAACUAGUGUCAAGUCGAUUCUGCACAAAACCGACAAAUAUCGUUCCAUCAGUUUAUUUUUAAAAUCUCGUGUUCAACAGUGUGUGUACCAUACAGAGUUAUUUUUAAUUGAAGUCUAUUUUAUUAUUCAAAUCAAGAUCGUCUCUAAUUUCAUCAGUUUCAAUUGUGAACUGAUUGAAUUGCCGUUUCAUGUGAUUUCGUUCAAUUAAAUUGUUACAUUUUUAAAUUGAUAUAAAUACGUUAUUGACCUUUUGAAUCGACGCAGAUAAAAUGAGUAAUAACGUACGCGGCCAACUUCUUGAACACAAAGCAAACGGCGUCUAUACACCAACGACUCAACCACGAGCUCCAAAAUGGGGGUUUCUACUGAUGACCACUACGUUUGCUAUGACAAUUGGAACUGGAAUUUCAGUCGGAUACAAUAUAGGCGUAUUAAAUUCACCGGCCGAACACAUAAAAGCAUGGUGCAAUCAAACUGUUUAUGAGCGAUAUGGAACGAUUUUAACACCAGAAACAUUGGACACAUUGUGGGCAACGAUUAUUUCAAUAUUCUUGGUUGGAGGUUGUGCUGGGUCAUUAAUAGCCGCAUCAAUUGCUGAUAAAUUUGGACGAAAAGGAGCAUUGUUGAUAUGUGGCAUUUUAUUUGCGGUCGGUGCACUGUUCUUCUUUUUCUGUCGUGCACUUUCUUCCGUUGAAUUGUUGAUGGCCGGAAGAUUUAUCGUUGGUAUUUCAUCCGGUGUGACAACGGCUGUACUUGGGAUGUAUCUUGCUGAAAUUGCACCAUGCGAAUUGCGCGGUACAUUGGGCACGUUCUCCGGUUUAGGUAUAACGGCUGGUGUUGUUGUUGCUCAAGUGGCAAGUUUGGAAGAAAUGUGGGGCACCGAAGAAAAAUGGCAUUAUGCGGUCGCUGGUUACUUAUUGCUGGUCGUUAUUUGUUUCCUACCAUACACAUGGUAUCCAGAAAGUCCAAAAUAUUUGUUCAUCGUAGCCGGUAAACGUGAUGCUGCCCGAAAUGAACUUGUGCGUUUGCGAGGAGUUGAUGGCGGUGAUGAUUUGAUAAAUGCUGAAUUGCUUGGAAUGGAACAAGAAGCGGCCGCUCAAGCGGAUACCCGUUCAAUGGCAUCGGUUAUUUGUGAUAAAACGCUUAUGUUGCCGUUGAUUUUGAUUUGUGCAUUGUUGGGCGGUCAACAAUUGUCUGGCAUUAAUGCUGUCUUUUACUAUUCGGUGGGUAUUUUCCAGAAAGUUGGCAUGAGUGAGGUCAAUGCCAAAUGGGCUAAUCUUGGAGCGGGUUGCGUCAAUUUAUUGGUAGCGUUGAGUGGUCCAUUUGUCAUGAAGCAUAUUAAUCGUCGUACGGUUAUUCUGAUUUCAUGCUUGCUCUGCGGUUUCUUUUUGGUUUCGUUGGCAUUUACAAUGCAAUACAUUGAUGCCAUUACAUGGUUCGGAGAGGCAUGCGUAUUCUCAAUAUUUGGAUAUAUUAUUGUAUAUCAAUUCGGUUUGGGACCAAUUCCAUUUUUCAUUGGAUCGGAAUUAUUUGAGAUCUCUACACGACCAGCAGCAAUGUCAAUUGGUUCGUUGGCUUCAUGGGCGGGCAAUUUUUACAUUGGCAUGACAUUCCCAGCAAUGAGCAAGGCACUUGGUGCAUUUGUAUUUCUUCCAUUUGCGGUCGUUUGUUUUGCACUGGUCGCAUUGACAUUUGUUUAUUUACCGGAAACAAGAGGACGCGAACCAGCAGAUAUUGCACCACUUGUAUCAAGAGGAUUUCAAUCACGGCGUCGCUAAUUUUUUUUAGCUAUAUUCAUGUAUUCAGCUCAUUUUAACGUUAAGUGUAUUUGUAAAAUGUAUAUUUAAUUGGCAGAUCUUUGUUAUUUAGACUGUUAUUAUGCGUAUUUUCUAUUAUAAGAGAUAUACGCUAGAUAAUUUUAACUAGGCUUUAUUUAUAAUUCAAAUCGUGCAUUUAUUAUUUACAAUAUAAGAUUUUAUUUUGAUAAUAAAAAAAAGGAAUAACACCGUUUUUUUUUCGAAA